AUGGGGGGACUGACUCAGACCCUGGUGCUGCUGUGUCUGUCUGGGACUCAGACGCUCAGUGAAGAUGCUGGAGAAGUCAACCUGAAUGACAUCAUGGCACAGAUUCAGCCUGAACAGGCACAGGGCAUAGAGAGUGAAGUUCUUCUCAGAUCCAAACACCAGCCCUAGCCAAGACAAUCAGUAGCUGCCAGCAAAACAUGUGUAACCUUCUGAUGGAACUAGGAACCAUGGAAGCCAGACUAAUAGCUGCGGCGCACCCGGUGGAAGAACUGAGGAACAUGGAAGCUACUGUUGCUCUCCUACACAGAGAGACUGAAUGUAAUCUAAAGCAAACUAGAAAAAACCUAAGCCUAUAUGUUGUUUGAAGUCCAAAAGACAAACAAAGCUGCAGUAGUAGGUCAAACUGUGUGCUUGAAAACCUUGGUAGAUUAUGGGGGAAGUUAGGCCUUGUGGUGCUCAAGUGAAUAGUUUUUCUUUUUGGGCUUCAGACCAGCCUAACUUCUUACUUAAGACAUUGUUUUUGUGAUUAAUAGUUCAAGCAGCUGAGCUCAGAGCCAUGGAGACCAAGUUGAACACCAGCGAGAGCCUGAUGAAGAGCAUGAAGAGAGAGAAUGAAGGUCAUUUACAUUUGUAUUCUGUCUGAAUUGGUGCAGUAGCUAUGGCGUGAAGUGACAUAAUCGCUAAGACCAACAAAGAAUAGUUUGUCUGUUUUUGGUAAUACAUUUGUUCAAAUUCCUGUUUUCCAGUUCAGGAGAGGAAGCUUCAAUUAUUUUCAUUAAGGGCCAACACCACUGAGUUCAGACUCAGAGUGGAGGAACAACAAACCCUGCUGGAUGAACUGAGAAGAUAGAUAACAUCAACUAGCCAACAAUUACAAUGUGGGUAACAAACUACUGGAAAACAGUGUGUGAAACCAUAUGCAUGCCCUAUUCUUCAUUGGGAAAAUAUUAAUUUUAAAUGACCAAAUUCAUUCCCAGACACAGAUUAAACCUAGUCCUGGACUAAAAAGUGCUUUUUAGACCAGCGCUAGGCUUAAUCUGUGUCUGGAACAUCGGCCCAAAACGUUCAGUUGGCAUUGACCCUGAUUGCCUCUCUAACCCUUACUAUUUCUCAUUGACAGACCAAAUAUUGCAUUUACAGCAGCAAUAGGAGGAGAUGGUCAUAUACCGCCCUCUGUGAGAGAAACCAACCUGGAUUUCAGCAAUGUCUUCACAAACGUUGGCGAUGCCUACAACCCUGCAUCAGGUAAAGAGUUGGAAGACACUAUGGAAGAACUAUCAAAGUGGUUGCGAAAAGAGUGGUUGCAUCCCAAAAAUCUCUCCUAUAUCCUGAAAUGCGCACUCGUUCACUACUCCCCACAAACUUAAAAGCAUUGGAUGGGUGUAGGCAUAGGCUAGAGGGAGAUUCCAUAUAUUAGUCAUAUCCUUUCAAAUCCAUGAAAGGAAGUGAACAAGUGUACACUUUGGGAGAAAGAAGAGAUUAUUAGGGCGCAACCAGUGCCUCAUACUAACCCAACGCAACCUUCAUUAGCACUAUCAACAUUAUGUGUGCUUAAAUCGACAACCACAUGUUGACACUGAGGCACUGAAUGACAAAUCUACAGUAGCAAAAGGCACACAUCAGUUGCAAAGUUUUAAUUACACCCAUGCACAGUAUAAUAUAUGUUUCUUGUUAUAGUUGCUUCUGACCUCAUCUCUCCCUGCUACUCCUCUGAUACAGGUGACUUCUGACCUCAUCUCUCCCUGCUACUCCCCUGAUACAGGUGUCUUCUGACCUCAUCUCUCCCUGCUACUCCUCUGAUACAGGUGACUUCUGACCUCAUCUCUCCUUGCUACUCCUCUGAUACAGGUGACUUCUGACCUCAUCUCUCCCUGCUACUUCUCUGAUACAGGUGACUUCUGACCUCAUCUCUCCCUGCUUCUCCUCUGAUACAGGUGACUUCUGACCUCAUCUCUCCCUGCUACUCCUCUGAUACAGGUGUCUUCUGACCUCAUCUCUCCCUGCUACUUCUCUGAUACAGGUGUCUUCUGACCUCAUCUCUCUCUGCUACUUCUCUGAUACAGGUGACUUCUGACCUCAUCUCUCCCUGCUACUUCUCUGAUACAGGUGACUUUCUGACCUCAUCUCUCCCUGCUACUCCUCUGAUACAGGUGACUUCUGACCUCAUCUCUCCCUGCUACUCCUCUGAUACAGGUGACUUCUGACCUCAUCUCUCCCUGCUACUCCUCUGAUACAGGUGACUUCUGACCUCAUCUCUCCCUGCUACUCCUCUGAUACAGGUGUCUUCUGGUCUCAUCUCUCCCUGCUACUUCUCUGAUACAGGUGUCUUCUGACCUCAUCUCUCCCUGCUACUCCCCUGAUACAGGUGACGUCUGACCUCAUCUCUCCCUGCUACUCCCCUGAUACAGGUGACGUCUGACCUCAUCUCUCCCUGCUACUCCUCUGAUACAGAUGUCUUCUGACCUCAUCUCUCCCUGCUACUCCUCUGAUACAGGUGUCUUCUGACCUCAUCUCUCCCUGCUACUCCUCUGAUACAGGUGUCUUCUGACCUCAUCUCUCCCUGCUACUCCUCUGUCUUUGAUGCGCCAGUGAGACGAGUCUGCUACUUAAUCUUCUCAUCAUUUGCCAAAAGUUAGCACAACGUCUGCAACAGUCUGUUUAAGAACAAUAGGCGCAUGUUGUCUGCGUGUGAUCAUCAAACAGAGAAUGAUAGAUCCAACAGCUCGGGUAAUGGAGGGACUCUACAUCUAG